UCAAAUCCUUAGGGUUUUCUUCGUACAAUCGGAGAAGAGAUUACAAAGGAGAAGAUGCGUCACGACGAAGCUAACGGAGAUGAAAACAACAAAAACGAGAAUUACUUAGCUCUGGGCUUGGAGAGCUCGCCUUUCAAGUCUCUUGGUGGCGAAGACUCAAAGUCUCGACAGGAUGUUGAAAAGGAAUCUUCAAGAAGCAGAGGCAAGGACCGUGAGAGUGAGAGGAGCAGGGAGAGAGAUAGGGAGCGAGACCGCCAUAGUGAGAGAGAUGAUGAUGAUCACAGAAUUCGAAGGAGGAGGUCUCGCGAUCGUGAGAGAGAGGAGAGACACAGGCGACGUUCACGCUCUCGAUCGAGAAGUCGCUCGCGUAGGUCUGAGCAUAGAUCACGUUCCCGGUCAAGACCACCGUCCAAGAGCAAGAGGGUAAGUGGAUUCGAUAUGCCGCCCCCUUCUUCUGCAAUGUUAGCUCCUACGGCAGUUGCUGCAGCAGGCCAGGUUCCUAGUGUGCCAGCUACCCCUAAUAUUCCAGGGAUGUUCCCCAACGUGCUCGCAAUGGUGCCUAAUCAGCAACUGGGAGCGCUUUCUUUAUUGCCAGUUCAGGCAAUGACUCAGCAGGCAACUAGGCAUGCUAGACGUGUCUAUGUUGGUGGCCUUCCACCCACUGCAAAUGAACAGUCGGUGGCAACUUUCUUUAGCCAAGUGAUGUCAGCGGUUGGGGGAAACACUGCUGGGCCAGGCGAUGCGGUGGUGAAUGUUUAUAUAAACCAUGAAAAGAAGUUCGCCUUUGUAGAGAUGAGAUCUGUUGAGGAGGCUAGUAAUGCAAUGGCAUUAGACGGAAUUAUAUUAGAGGGGGUUCCUGUAAAGGUGAAGAGGCCUACUGACUAUAACCCAUCCCUUGCUGCAGCUCUUGGUCCGAGCCAGCCUAAUCCCAAUCUCAACUUGGCGGCUGUUGGAUUUUCCUCGGGGUCUACUGGUGGGCUUGAGGGUCCGGACCGCUUAUUUGUGGGUGGGAUUCCAUAUUACUUGACAGAGGAUCAGAUCAGGGAGCUCUUGGAGUCCUUUGGGCCGCUAAGAGGUUUCAACUUGGUUAAAGACAGGGAAUCCGGAAACUCGAUGGGAUAUGCAUUCUGUGUAUUCCAGGAUCCUUCAGUCACAGAUAUGGCAUGUGCUGCUCUAAACGGGAUUAAGAUGGGCAAUAAGACACUUACGGUAAGGCGUGCAGUCCAAGGUGCGAUUCAACCUAAGCCUGAGCAAGAAGAUAUAUUACUUCAUGCCCAACAGCAGAUUGCUUUGCAGAGGCUUAUGCUACAACCAGGAGGCACGCCCACCAAGAUUGUAUGUUUGACUCAAGUGGUUACAGCUAAUGUUCUUGGAGACGAUAAAGAAUAUGAAGACAUAACGGAGGACAUGAGACAGGAAGGUGGAAAAUUUGGUAACUUGGUGAAUGUUGUGAUUCCGAGGCCCAAUCCGGAGCAUGAUCCAACACCAGGAGUUGGGAAGGUUUUCUUAGAGUAUGCGGAUUUGGACAGCGCAGCAAAGGCAAGAUCUGGGAUGAAUGGAAGAAAGUUUGAUGGAAACCAAGUGGUAGCUGUGUAUUACCCCGAAAACAAGUAUGCACAAGGCGACUACGAAGCCUGCUGAUCCUUCUUUACUUUCUUUGGACCUCUUAGCAAGAAGUUUGAAUCUUUUUUUUUUAAUGUAUGGAGUGUUCAGAUUAUGACUGCAUUAGUAUCAAUUGAGUGUAUUGGAUAAUUUAGUCUUUGGUUUCAUUGAAACACC